CAAGGAAGCUAAACAUAAAUACAAACAGAUCUUCCCCAGCUGGCUUCACACAACAACAGAACAACACGGAACGAAGCAGUAUGAAGCCUCGGUCUAAAAUUUACGUGACAGCCGAUGUUCCCCAAUGUUGCCUGGAUGUACUGUUAAAAGUGGCAGAUAUUACCAUCUGGGAGAGUUCCGAUCCGGUUCCAAGGGGAGAGCUCUUAAACGGAGUGCGAGGCGUGAACGCCCUACUCUGUACAAGCUCUGAUCGUAUUGACAAGGAUGUAAUAAAUUGUGCUGGACCCGAUUUGUGUGUGAUAGCCACAAUGAGUGAAGACGUCAACCACAUUGAUACAGCCGAAUGUCAGAAACGGAAUAUAAAAGUUGUAACCUUUCCAAAGAUGUCCAAGGACACUGUCGCUAGCCUCACCCUAGCUCUUCUCAGUCAAACCAUGGGUGGCCAGGACCAACCAAACUAUUCCGACCUCAGCGACAAAACAGUGGGCAUCGUCGGAUACGGUCCCGUGGGUCAGGCUGUGGCCAAGCGCUUUCACGAGCUGGGGGUCGAGAAACUACUCUUCAGCGACCUCUGUCCUACGGAGAAUCCCGAGCCCGUAGGCGAGUUUGUGAAUUUCGAACGACUUGUUACUGAAUCGGACAUUAUUUGUAUAUGCUGUAAAGACAUGGCCAAUUCAACACACCUUUUUCAGAAGGAAGUUUUCCGCAAAAUGAAGAAAGAUGCCAUAUUGUUGGACAGUUACUCAAAAGGUCAAACAAUAAACUACCCUGAUCUCUACAACGCACUGAGGGAGAAUCGGAUUCAUGCGGCCGGACUCGAUGUGCGGGACAUUAAUCAAACAUACCCGUUCAAGACGAAUUUGAAUGCACUCUAUAACUGUUACUUUUUUCCAUUCAGGGAGUGUAAUCACGUUUGGGACAUGCGCAGUGCAGCUUCUGCAUCAGUUGCGCGCAGCAUCGCUGCAACAUUGCAGGUAGACAAUAGAUCUGAGAUUUGUGAGAGAUGAUCAAAAUUUAGUCACAUUCUGUGAUUCAUAUUAAACCAUUCUGAGAAAACUUGGUACAGUAAUAGCUCAUUCGUUUUAGAAUUGUUGUCUUUUAUUUGAAAAAUCAAGAAUGUUAUACAUGUUUUACAGCAUAAUGCUGCAAUCAUUUUUGUAAAUAAUUUGUACAUAAAUAAUUUUAGGCGAU